CCAGCCCAGCCCACAGGUAACCUGCUCCCUGCCCACAGCUGCUGUGGGUCCCCACGGGACCAGAAAAGAUGGGACGAGGCAGUGAAGGAGCAAACGUGAUCCUGCUGCUGCCACGGUGGUGCUGAGACCUGGAUCCCAGCUCCUGGCUACCUGGUGCCUUUUGGCAACACCAAGCCCAGAGAAGUCAAGUCAUGCUCUGAAUUUUCCAGCCACUUGCAUCACUUUCAGUCUUGACACUUUGGAAGAGUUUAGGCUGGGGCUGCCAUCAGCCCAUCCAGCUCUGCCUGUUCUCAUUGCACAAUCCAGCAUUUAUAGAGCUGUUUGUCAUCUCAGGAGUGACAGCCUGGGCAAAAAUGUCUUUGUGGAACUGUGCAGCAGGAGUAUCCAGUCUGGGAGAGCAAGACCCUGAUGACAGAACACGCUGCCUAAAUGAGAUGGGCAGCUUAGAAAGAAAUGCCACAGGGCAAAGUGGGAAAGCAGCUGCCUCUGCCGCACACCCGAGCACCAGGUCCUCUGUUCCAGGGGUUGACUUCCAGAGAGCGGAGAGGACCAAGCGCUCUGUCCUGGCCAGCGAUGAGGCAGUGACUGCAGUGAGCAGCUCGGCUCCUGGAGGAGGAGGAGGAAGCUCUGGCCUUUGCAGACCCCCUUCUCCUCCUUAUGGAAAGUCUCAGGCCAGACAUGGGCCCAUUGGAGGGAGCCAACAGCUCAUUCACCAUGGAGAAGACUGCCUUAGAUGAGAAGCUGUCACAGGGCUGGCCUGCCAAGGACUUUGUCACUCCCACCCAUGCUCUCUCUGGGUCCCGCAGUGUCAUGAUGGACAGCACCAAGAUCCUGGGGGUCCAGGUCAUCCUGAUUGCUGCCUACUCCCUCAUCAUUCUGCUGGGCUUCAUCGGCAACUCCCUGGUCAUCUACAUCAUAGUGAAGUACAAGACCAUGAGGACUGUCACCAACUUCUUCAUAGCUAACCUGGCCCUGGCAGACCUGAUGGUGGACACACUCUGCCUGCCCUUCACCCUGGUGUACACCCUGCUGGACGAGUGGAAGUUUGGAGCUGUGCUUUGUCACCUGGUUCCUUAUGCUCAAGCUCUGAGUGUCCACGUGUCCACUCUCACCCUGACUGUCAUUGCCCUGGACAGGUACCGCUGCAUUGUUUUCCACCUGGACAGCAGGAUUUCCAAGAGGCUCAGCUUCACCAUCAUAGCUGUCAUGUGGCUGGCAGCAGCUGUCCUAGCAGGGCCCCUGGCCAUCUUCAGGGAGUACCGGUACGAGGAAAUCCCGUCCAUUAACCUCAAAAUGGCUGUGUGCUCAGAAAAAUGGCCCUCUGCUAACAACAGAGAUGCCACCAUCUACAGUCUGUCCAUGCUCCUCCUGCAGUAUGUUCUUCCUCUUGCCAUUAUUUGUUAUGCCUACACCAGGAUCUGGUUCAAGCUGAAAAACCAUGUCAGUCCCACUUCUAGGAAUGAAAACCAGUGCCGGAGGAGGAAGACAACCAAAAUGCUCGUGAUGGUGGUUGUGGUGUUUGCAGUCUGCUGGCUCCCCUUCCACAUAUUCCAGCUUGCCAUUGAUCUUGAUCUGGUUCUUAUCUUCCACGAGUACAAACUCCUGUACACUGUCUUCCACGUUGGGGCCAUGUGCUCUACGUUUGUCAACCCCCUGCUCUAUGGAUGGAUGAACAAGAACUAUAGGAAUGGGUUCCUUAUGUUCUUCCGUUGCCAGAACAAGCCCGAGAGCAUCCACACUGAAGGCUCAGUUAGGGGGAGGUCUUACAUCUUCAGGGCCAACACCCUAAAUGGGAGCAUCAAACAGACUGCUGGCAAUGGAGCACUGCCCACAGAGGUUUAGGGAUGGGACAUCACCUCCAGGAUUGAGGCUGACUGGGCCCAGAGACAUUCUUGGGUGAAAGCCUUUUUUUGACAGAAUAUUGUGCUGCCAAUUAUAGCCACAGCAGCCAUGUAGAAAUACGAAAUACCCCCUGUAUCUCUCAAAACAAUAAAUCUGGUGUAUUUUUGUCUGAGCAAAUAAAUUAAUUUUUCCUUUCA